ACAAUACUUGUUUUAUGGUCAAAGCUGUUCAACUUUGUCCUACCCAGAAGUGGAACACAGACCACACCUAUUUGAAUGAAACAACAUUCUCAAGCAAAAAUUCAAAGCAGUAUAACAAUUUGUGUGUAGCGAGGACAAGUUGGUUGUUGUGAACAAAUGCAGAUACCAUUUGCUAUAAAUACAACCCUGAACAAAUAGAAAACCGUCAGCUUGAGUCACCAAGAGACUAACAAAAAGCAUGCAUAAACAUACAUGUGAUGACACAUGUAUGAACUGAAUAGAAAAGAUGGAGAAAGCAGAAGCCUCAGAUGAUCCAGACCUUGAAAAGCAUCCAGAAUGCCACACAAACAACAGAACAUCAGAUAUGGAGACACAAAAGAAAAUAGAUGACUGGACAAAAGAGGAUGUUUACCAAUGGCUAAUCAAAGUAAUAAAUGUCCCUCUGAAAUAUGCUGAGAUUCUUUACAAUGAAGAUGUUUCAGGAGCAUGUCUCCUUUUGUUUGAUAAAAAAGAUUUACUUGAUCUUGGAUUAAGGCAUGGACCUGCAGUUCAAAUUAUUAAAAAAUUGUCUGAGCUCAAAAACCCCAAAGGAAAUUUAACGAGCAGGGCCACACCUGAGCAUUCAGAUUCAUUAGUAGGAACUUCUGCAAUAGAGCAUUAUCAGGGAGACAAGCAAGAAGCCAAACGACAUAGCAGAAAAUCUGCUGAACUUGAGGUACUCCCACAACUUAGCAUUCAAGAAAAUUGUGACAGUAAUUCAGGUGAACACAGAUGGGCCUCUAAAGACAAACAGAAAUAUCCAAGCAGUGGAGGAGAGACAUUAUAUGUUACUGCAGGGUUUCAAGAGAAUGAGACUUCAAUAUCAGAGGAAGUGGAAAAUAUCAAGCACAAAAUAGUAGAUGGGACAAGAACUGCACAAUUAACAAUGUUACAGUUAUCACACUCCACAAAGCCAAAAAAUGCAGAUAGAGUACAGAUUAAGACAAAAGAGCAUCUGAUACAAAGUAACAACAUAGUUGACCAUUCAAAGAGCUUUGUAAAAUGUGUGUGCCUGCCCCGACCUUUUGAUGAAAUCAGCUCAUCAUUUGUAUACACAAAAAAUGAAAUGCUUCCUCCUGAGACUGGUCCAAGCAAUCUUAUUGACCCUGUGCAUGAGUACAAGCUCAUGGCGAACACAGCGAAUGCUUCGGAAAAGGAAGUCCUUAAAAAAUUCACAGAUGAAGUAUUCCGAUUUGCUGCAGGAUGCAUGAAUUCUCGGACAAAUGGAACAAUCCAUUUUGGAGUUGGAGAUGAGCCACAGUACAAACAUGGGCAAAUUAUUGGAUUAGACAUAACGUCUCCUGAUAAGUACAUUGAUGAAUUUGAUAAGCGUCUCAAAGAGCGCUUUGAAGAAAACACUAAUAUUGCCAAGAUCUGCAUUAGGCCUCCCAAGUUCUUUCAGGUAAAAUGUCCAGACAACAGCAAUGUGACCAAGUGGGUUAUUGAGGUUGACAUUGUUCCAAACUAUGUAGAUACUUUGGAAAAACUUUUUUAUACUACUUUGGCAGUAAAAGAGGAGGGAAAGAAUUGUAAAAGAGAAUGCCUUUUUGUUCGCUCUGGUGCAAGCACCAGCAAUAUCCUUGAUGAAAAAAAUCCUAGGCUUCUUCAGCAGAAAAUUAAGAAAGUGACAGAUGAUGUAAAAUCUUGGGCUUCAUCAAGAAAGUCAGCAGAAGAGAGACACCGUGAGACUACAGGACAAAGCUCUCAAGGACAGAGACUUAAGCAACUUAUCACUCAUGGGAGGGACAUUCUGGAAAGCUCCAUACAGUUUAUUGUAAUCACAAACAAGUGCCAUGUCAGUCAGCUUGAACAUCUGUGCUUUUUGAAAGAGCUGAAAUUAUUUGUGGUGCUUGAUUUUGACCCAGAGUCCAGAGAGAAUGGAACUUUUAGUUACUAUCGCAAAGAUCGUAUGGCUAACAUACACUACCCACGGUUAUACCACACUACAGACAACAUCUCUACAAUCAUUGGCAAGUUAAACUUGUUUAAACAGACAAGCUGGGUUUUUUGCAAUGGCCAGGUUGAUGAAAAUGAAGCAGAUAUGCCGUUUAGUGACAGUGAAUGGCUGAAAAAACGUGCCGCAGAUGUCAAUGAGAUGAUUUCUUUUAUAUGUAAGCCUGACAUUUUGUCAAAGCAGAAAUUAGUGGUCAUGUUUUUGCUUCACUCGGUUGUGACAGACAUCUCCAGUCCAAUCAUUGAGACAUUCUGCUCAAUUUACCAAAAACUUGAAGGGGACGACAACAUGGUGUGUAUAUGUAAAGAUUCAACUGUAUUUGAACAAUGGAAACAUGCAGUGCAAACUCGCUGUAAAACUGACAUCACAAAUAAAUGUAUUUAUGAGCUAAGUAUGAAUGAGGUCAAUAGUACUAUUCAAAAAACAAGGGAGCCUCAAACAAUUUCAGAGAACAGAUACCUGCCCUCCUUUGGCUCUAGCUCAGUUCUUCUUACAAAAAAGGAUGAGGAUCAGAUGACAGUCCUUGAGAUUCUUGCUCAGAAUGAAUGUGAAAACACAGAGAUUGAAACAAUAGAGUCUUUCACAAAGUUCAAGAAUAAAACUGAGGAAGAAUUUUAUAGAGGUGGCCAAGUAAAGUGGUGGAACUUCUACUUGUCAGAGAAACCAGGCUCUAUUCCAUUCAUAAAACGUGACAAGUAUGAGGAACUACACAACCUCAUAACACCAACAGAGGGUUACUCAUGCCCAUGUGUAACAAUUAACUUGUUCCAUCACCCUGGCUGUGGUGGAACUACACUGGCCAUGCAUGUGUUGUGGAACCUGAGACAUAAAUUCAGGUGUGCUGUUUUGAAAAAUAAUUCUGCACAAAGUAGUGAAAUAGCAGUUCAGGUCACACAGUUGCUAACCUAUGGAAAAGAAGAGCAGUCAAGCUACACCCCAGUUCUUCUUUUAGUGGACAACUGGGAGGAUGUUGAGGACUUACAACGAUGCAUACUCUUUACAGCACAUGAGAAAAAAAAAAGGGAGAGUCUGAUGGUGAUCAUCUUGAACUGUGAAAGAUCUCAGUUUCCAAGUGAGAGCUCAAGAAAGAGCAGAAUUGACAAUGUUUUCAUCACCAACAAACUAUCUACAAAGGAGCAGGGCUUUUUUCAGAUGAAAUUGAAGGAACUCAAAGGCCAUCAUGAAAAGCCUGAAACAUUCUAUGCCUUUAUGAUCAUGACUAAUGACUUCAGUGAAAAAUACAUAGAGAACCUUGUUUGCAACAUUUUGAAAGACCUUGAUGUCUCCACAAAAGAAGGACAAUUACUAUCAUUCUUAGCGCUGCUAAAUACAUAUGUACAUGGCUCAUGCAUGUCCUUGUCAGUAUGUGAGGAAUUUGUUAAAAUCAAAAAUCUUUGGGAGCAAGAAAGCCUGGAGGAAAAAAUGAAUCCUUAUUCGACCUUACUGAUCUGUUUCAAUGUUGAGGAAUGUGGCACGUAUCAAGGAGUCCGCUUCCUGCACCAACAGAUUGCUGAAAAUUGCCUAAAAAUCCUAAUCAGUAAGCACAGUCUUACACUGAGUGAAAUAACAACAAACUUACUGCACUGCAAUCAACUGUACAACUCUGGCAUGGGCAAAGACAUCCUCAUUCAGAACAUUUUGAGUAUGCUGAUCACUCGUCAAAGAAAGGAACAUGGCGAUGACAAGGACACACUCUUUUCUCCUUUGAUUGAAGAAAUGCCUAUGGCAGAAAGCAAACAAGUUUUAACACUUGCCACAAAAAGAUUUGACAAAAAUGCAACAGUACCUCAGGCUUUAGCAAGACACUUCUACUUGAAAGAAAAAGAUUUCACUGCUGCAUUGCAAUGGGCACAAGAUGCAAGACAAAAGGACUACAACUCUUACAUUGCUGACACUUUGGGGCAGGUCUACAAAAGUUAUUUGAAACACGUAAUGGAACAUGAAAAGGAGCAAAAAAAUGAACUCACUCCAGAGACGUUAGAGACAUGUUUGCAGAUGGCUGUGAAGGCCACAAUGGCAUUUAAGGAUUCCCAGGAUCUUGAAAAGAAGAAUGAGCAGAUGGAUUUCCUUGAUCAACCAACCAGGAAAAGGCAAAAGACUUACAACACAUCGGGUUAUGUUGGUGAGAUGGAUGUUGCUAUGAUCAUCUUUGAUGUCCUUGAGAAUAUCUUUAGAAAACCUGAUGAGUAUCAAUGGGACACAUUGUUACAUUCUCUAAAAAAUGGCAUUUCUUUUCACAGUUUUCAUGAAACCGAUCAAAAGACUGCUGAAUUCCUUUCUAAGUUAAUAAGCCAUGACAAAUUUUUAUUCUCUUUGAAACCGAGAAUGAAGGAAAUUUUUGUGUUUUUUGAAAACUACUUCACCUACCUAAAACCUAGGUCGAUUGAAAGAGAAGCAGCUGAAGACAGAAACAAGAGAAAGGUGUCAGAACACUUCAAAAGAUAUGUUAAAUUGUUCUGUCAGUCUGGAGAAGAGAAGGAAAUGGAGAGAGCAAGUCAACCUAAUCUUAGUCUACAACAAAAGUUGGAACAGUAUAGAUGCUUCCUGGAAGAAAAGCAUGCUGAUACAUUUGCUGGGUUACUACAAUGUCUCAGCGAAAAAAAUGGGAAUCAAAUGGAACUCAUUUUAAAGAAAUGGCAGUUCAUUUCUGAGAACUCAAAGAAGUACAUUGAUCAUAUAAACUUCAUCUUGGCAAACAUUGUUCUUUAUUGUAUUAAGCCUAAGUCAACCAUUUUAAAGAAGUAUGAUGAACUUGUAGUCCUGCUGAAUGUGGUCCUUCAAGCGAAGGGGACUUAUUCUGAUUGUACUGAGGCCUAUUACCUUGCCAUGUUAUUGCUCUGGCCACGAAAAGGCAGCAGCAUGGAUAACACAAUGUCAAGGAACAUAUGCACAUAUAUCACAUCUACAAAGAAAUCCUUUCAUCGACGCUUUUCCCACAUGUUCCCAGCAAAGAGUGCCAUUGCACACUUCUACCUUGGAAAAUCCAAAGAGCUGAAAAGGAUUCUCCAUAAAGCAAAGCUAGAUCAAGUGGUGGACAAAGAAAAGCAUCCCAAUAUUCACCAACUCUGGCAGAGUGGAGCAAUAUGGAGAGAACUGGAAGUGCAAAACUUACUUCAAAGAGUUAUGGGAAAAACAGAAAAUGGUGAUAUUUAUGUUGAUUAUGGUGGGAACCUUAAAAUUCCUGUGCGCCCAGUUUACCUUGGUGGACUUCGAAGUGGAUGUAGCCUGGAGGAGGUUUCCUUUUUCUUAGGCUUCACAAUGGAGGGACCAGUAGCUUAUGACAUAAAGUAUGCAACAGAUUUGUGAGCUAGUCUACUAGUCAACUAUUAUAAAUAGUUUCUAUUAACUGCAAUAGGGAAGCUAUGAAGGAGUUUGUGCCCUGUGCUUUGACCCCUAUUGCCCUGAAUAUUGGUAGAAAAGGAGCUAGGUCAGACAUUCCUUUUUUCUAUUUCUUUUGUUGGGUAUUUAGUUGUAAUUUUUGCACAAUAAUGAUUUUUUUUGUGUGUUUCCUUCUUUUUGAAUAUAAAUUAAAAUUAUUCACAUUUUUUUUCAUUGAGGGUGUGUUUUGACAUUUAUUGGGUCCUUGCAUGUUGUACCAGGGUAAUAACAAGUUUUUAAUUAUUUUUAGUAGAACACAAUUUUAUGUUUUUGACCAUACUUUUGUAGAAGGAAUUUUACUGUUGUUAUGCUUUUUCCUUGUGUAAUAUUUCACAACAUUAACAAACAAAUAAUGUUCAAAAGUAUUUGAAGCCUCAACCGUUUCUACUACACACAACAUGUUAACACACAGAAUUGAAGGUUAUCUUAUAUGUAAAUGUAAUGUAAUUUGACCUAAUUUAGACUAAUUAUUGCACAGAUCUCUGGAAUACUUGAUUCUGAUUGGUCAAUGGCACCAUCAAGUGGUCAGAUAUUAUUCUGCUACAACCGCACAUUCGGGUAUUUAGGGGCUGUUUACACGACAACAUUUUCAAAUUAAAACAGAAACGUUUUUAUGCAUUUUGGCUGUUAGUUUACAGGACAAUGGUAUUUUGGGGCCUGGAAACACAAAAUUUUGAAAACGGGUUUCAAAGUGUACGUUUUUGAAAACGAUGCUGUUAUCAUCUCCAUGUAAACAUACAAAAACGUGCACACGUAUUAAGUGUUCAGUCUGUAGGCAUGCGAACAUGUACUUCAAAAACAACGUGCGAGACAUUAAAAACUACAAUGGCGGCCUGGCAUGCAUAAUAAAGUGCUUUUAGUAAUUUUCGCGGACCCGUUUGUACAUAAAACUUUCCAAAAAUACAAAGGAAUUUUUUAGUACAUCGUUGUCGUGUAAGUGUACCCUUAGACGUAUCAGACAGCUCAUCUGGGUUCUGCGAGCCAUCUCUCCUGCUUUGGCUCAUUGUGUGAUCUC